GUUUCGUAUAUAUUUUUUCAUAUGUAUUAACGCGUGAAGCUAAAUAUAUUGUGCGGGUUCACCUAAUUUUCGGUUGCUCUUGUAAACAACGUUUUGAUACAUACGAUUUUUUACUCGGUAUAAGUUCACUAAUUAUUUUUUUUCGUGCAAAAAAAAAUUUGGGUCGAAUUUGAGAAUUUGUUCUUUUUUGGAUUCGCUAACAAAAUGACUAAUGAGCAGAUUUAUAGUUUUGGUGAUUAGUUUCGUACAAAGUUGUGCCCGAAGAUGAAGUAUAAUGUCCACAGUUCUCUUACGAAGUGCAAUUUUGAGCCAUCGAACGUAUUUCGCUCGACUUUCCAACUUCAAGCUUCUGAUGUAGCUACCUACCUCAUACUUGGAAAUUCGCUGAUCAGCUUAUAUGAAGUCAUUUAGCGCAAUUGAUUUCUUAGAUCAAAAGGAGGCGACUGAAAGAAAUAAGAAAUCAAUCUACAGACAAACAUGAAAAACAACCACUCAGCAAACUUGGCUUUCUUUUUGUUGGUUAUUUUACAGCAAUGGAUUAUAAUAUGCAACUGCCAGAGCCUGAAAGGGAAAUUCGACGAUCAACGCUUCAUAAUUGCAGUUUUGCUUCCAGUUCACCAAAUGGUGUAUAUUUCCUAUGAAGACAAUACCACGUCGAUAAGUAGAGGAAAAUUCAUUCAGGAGCCCAUGCUGCAAUUGGUAGAAGCUGCAUAUUAUGCCAAAGAUUUGAUAGAAAGAGAUCCCAACCUACUGCCAAAUAUCACUUUGGAAAUAGUUGUCAAAGACUACGGCGAUUUUCCGCAAAAUGGGGUAAAAAAAAUCGACUCAACGUUAUUCGAAGAACUGUGCUGGUUUGGUAAUUGGAUUACAAUAAAGGACGGUCUAUCGUGCCCACAAAACGAAACUUCACACCUGAUAGGGGUCAUAUAUUCAGACGACAUGGAAAUAGAACCCAAGUUUCAAACACUUUUGCAAUCGUUUCCUCUGAUUCCUCAUAUCAGUUACUCCGGCCCUCCGAAAGGAAUCCUCGUCAAUGAGAAUCUUCGAUUGGAACGCAGCGGAAAAUUACGUUCAUUUAAUGCGAUCUCAUCGGGGAGCAUUUUCAUCAUCGACAUAAUUUUUGAAAUGUUGUUACACUACAACUGGACAUACGUGGCACUUGUAUAUACUUCAGUUGGUUACCAAGGCAUUCGUUACGCGAAACGUUUCCAAGACAUGGCAGCCGAUAAUGCUAUCUGCAUAGCUCAUAUCAUGGAUAGCGAGAGUCUAUGGAAAAUUUUCGCCUGGAGGCAGAAUUUGUGGGAGGUAAUACCACCUUACAAUACGGUUCAAGUGAUCGUUUGUAUAUGCGAUGAAAAAGAGCUCAUGUAUUUGCAACACGUGUUGAUCGGGAAUGGCAGAAAAAACAAUACGUACAUAGUUAUCGUAGCCAAUGGAAACGGAGCAGGAUUGCCCAGAUAUCUAUACACGACACAAAAUUGGAACAAAGAUGUCGUUCAUAUGAAUUACGUAAUUCCAAAGGCGACUACAGUCAAAGAAUUCAACGAUUACUAUUUUUCAAAAACCGUAGAAAACAACCAAAGAAAUCCGUGGUACAAAGAGUUUUGGGAGCAGCAUUUCGCUUGUAAAUUCGAACCAAUUAAGAACGAGACAAAAUGCAAUGGAACUAUGCAGAGAAGAAAUGAUGCGAAAUUAUGGCUAUUCCAACAGUACUCUGAGGUAGCCAAUGUGAUGAAAUCCGUGUACACUUUGGCUCACAGUCUGCACGAUACUUUGAGCAAUGAUAAUUGGAAAGAAUAUCCUAAUUUUUGGAAUAUGCUAAGAAGUUACGUUAAUGAAGUGAAUUUUACUCUGUUUGGAGAUGAAGUCAGCUUCACCUAUGAUGGAUUACCUCGAACUGAAACGUUUGAAGCAUACUGUUUCCACGAAGACUUCACUCCGUCAAAAGUUGGCGAAUUUUUCAAAACAGGAUACCGUUAUUUCAUAAAUGAGAACAGAGGAGAAAACGCACAAUCGUUUUUGUAUCAUAGAAGGACACUUGGAGUAAGCGGUACAUUGGUGAUGAAUGAAAGUGCUGCUCUUUUUCCAACGAAUAUAAAACAUUCGUGCAGCGAGCCUUGCCCUCCUGGACAUGCAACGAUCAAACAAAAUGACACAUGUUGCUGGAAAUGCGAUCCGUGCGAUUCGUUGGAAAUAUUGAACGAUACUUCAAUGUGCACCAAAUGCGACCACGGCUAUAUGUCGAAUGAAAACAAAACUGCCUGCGUACCGAUUCUAGUCAGAAGAUCUAAAUGGUACGAUAUCGAUAGCUUAAUAUCCACGUGUUUUUCUUUACUUUGCAUCACAUUAACGAUCUUCACUUCUGGAGUAUUCAUCAAGUAUCGAGAUACACCUGCUGUGAAGUCAACUACGAGAGAAUUAUGCCAUCUCAUGUUCGCAGGAAUGGUUUUAGCCAAUAUUACUCCGUUCAUUUCGAUUCUAUCAUUAAAUGAAAUCACUUGCGCUAUGAUCAGAAUCGUACCAGCGAUAAGUUUUACCAUGAUUUACGCAUCUUUACUGGUAAAAACCAACAGAAUAGCUCGUUUAUUGGCAAUGUCCAAGAAGAAAUUUCCCAAUAUGAAUCCGAAAUUUAUGUCAUUGAAAUCUCAGAUCACCAUUACUUUUAUACUAAUUGCCAUAGAGGUACUCAUUUGUUCGAUCCAAUUAUAUUUCAAACAACCAGAAGCAGUGAUCAACUACAGGGAAGAAAAUAACACGUGGUUUGGAUCAGAAACUUGUGAUUUCGACGAAGACAUUCUCAUUGAAACGUUCGUCUUCGUAGCUCUACUGGUUUUGUUUUGCACAAAAUACGCUGUCAAAACGAGAAAUGUGCCUGAGAAUUUCAACGAAGCGAAAUAUAUCGGAUUUGCUAUGUAUGCGACUGUCUUAACUGGGAUGGCUUUCGCAUUGGUAUACUUCAAUAGUGACAAAAAGAUGCUGGCAAUUAACCUGAGCGUUUCGAUAAGCUCGUCAAUAGUUCUGAUUUUUCUGUUCGCGCCAAAAUUAUACAUCAUUCUGUUGAAACCUCAGAGAAACACUAAAGGAAAUUUCGUGAUCACAACUGAUAUUCGAAGUUACCAAGGGAAUGAAAAACGAUCACAUUCUAAACAGCAACAUUCCAUCAAAAUGAAGGAAAAGGGACAGAAAACCAACAAUCCGAAUGUCCUAAAAGAACAACUGAAGCGUUCAAUCAGUACUGCUUCUUCAGAAAUAUCCAAAGUACUAGAAACAGAUGGACAGGAAACCAGGUCAACCUCAGAAAAUGAAUCGCAAAAUGACAAAAAUAUGAACAUUAUCGAGGAAACCUAUGCUCAAAUGAUUGAAAAAUUGAAAUUAUGCCACAUGGAACUGAACAGAUUACAGAAAGAAGUCUCAAAGGAUGAAUAAAAGCAUUUUUUCUUUAAUCGAAUUAUUCUUAUGUUUUGAGAGUACGCAAGAAAUAAAUCUGAGAAGUUGAUUAUAAAA